AUGACGAUAGCUGGAUUUUUCGCUCUUGCGGUCUUCAACGUUGUCGAGAUCAACUUUUGGAUCUUUGCCACCUUUCAGCGGCGUGUGGGAGUGUACUUUUGGAGUUUGCUUAUUGCUUCUUGGGGAAUAGUCUUUCACGCAGUGGGAUUCUUAUUGAAGUUUUUCCGGCUUUGCACCAACGAAUAUGUCAAUGUGGGGCUCAUAGUUAUCGGUUGGUACGCAAUGGUCACUGGCCAAUCAAUCGUCCUCUACUCUCGACUUCACCUCAUUGUUCGAGACGGGAGGAAGAUCCGAUGGAUUUUGGGAUUGAUAGUGAUCAACUUUUUCCUCUUCCACAUCCCUCCUACGAUUCUCCUUUUUGGUUCCAACUCCUCAAACCCCGCGCCGUUUCUUAAGCCGUUCGCAGUCUACGAGAAGAUCCAGAUCACGGCAUUCUCAACGCAGGAGUUCAUUAUUUCAGCUCUUUAUAUCUGGGAGGCCAGGAAGAUGCUCCAGUCGCUAGCGAACAUCAAGCGGGAGGAAGCCCGCAGCGUUAUGAUCCAUCUGAUAUUGGUUAAUGUUCUGAUGAUCUUGAUGGAUAUCACGCUCCUCGGAACGGAAUACGCCAAUCAAUAUUCCAUUGAGACGACGUACAAGAGUACUCUCUACAGCAUCAAAUUGAAGCUCGAGUUCUCCAUCCUAAAUCGACUCCCGAUACUGAUUGUAAACAACUUUGUACACUUUACGAUUGUGGGGCGCACUAUGAGGAGGGAGUCUUUCUCCUACUCCGACUUCGAUUCGCGAUCGGUGUGAGGGUUUUCGGAUUUUGAUUUGGUUUGGUGGUAGGGUGUGGGAAACGACGAUCCAGGCCCACAGAGAAUGACGGCCCAGAAUCUAAGAGCUAGCGUUGAGAGUGCGUGUGGGAUCGUCAGUCUAUGGGGUUUCUGCUCUGAAACCUGUUUGCCGUCUUUGCAGUGUUUAGUUGUAAGACGGACGUCCAUGGUGGAAUGAGUCGAAGCCGGGGUGAUACGAAGCUGGUACUGUUAACAAUCCCAUUGCUCAGGAGAAUAUACCUGGCAGCAUUGGAAAAUAUAAAGGCGCUGCUGCAAGGUCUGGCAGUCUUCCUCCUAUUGGAUUGGGGUAGCAGCCGAUUCUCCAGACAGGCUGGGCCAACCUGAAGCUCCCGGUCCAAAUGCUCGUUCGUAUCGGCUUGCAAGUUGGUGUGGUUGGAGAUUGCGGUCAUGAUGACUUGUUGCCUUGAAUCUCGAUAUAG